UUGGAACCGCAGAGCGCUCUACAGUUCAGUUUCUUGGGACUCUCUGCGCGGUUAACUUCGCCGAUCGGACAUGCGCGACUCUAUAUCUGAAAAAUCAAAAGAGUAGGAAGGCUGAAAAAAACCCGUCUCGCUAUAUUCGUCGGCCGUGUUGUUGGUGUCUAUCUGUGUCUUUUGUCAAUGUUUUCAACCCAACUCAAGGGGAAGCCAUUUCGCCUUUCUUCUGAAAAUUUUCAGAAAAAUACAAAAAUUGUAUGGAAAAUUCCAAAAUUGUUAGUGUUUUUAGUGUGAAAAGUGAACAUCAGUGAUCAGUGAAAAGAUCGUCUGGAGAAUAAAAAACACGCGCUUUACUCGGUUCCCCUGCUUAUCAAGCACAUGCCUAUAUUAUACAAUUUACCAACAGUCUCUUACAAUCUGUUCGCCGCAAAAGUUGAAUGGAAUAAAUUUUAAUCUUCUUUUUUGCACCAUACGUGACAAUAAAUGAACAUGUUAAUAUUAAAACUUCCUAAAAUGAUAAACCAACUGUGGCUUCUGCUGCUUCUAUCACUCUUAACCCUACAAGGCCCACAGCCUUCGACCGGCAUGGGUUACAAGACGCAAUCGAAUGUGGAGUUGCUGGAAAACGAUUCGCGAUACAUCUCAUAUCAAGAUUUAAUGUCAACGGCCAAACGAUUUUACGAUCCCGAAACGAGUUGGUACUCGGAAAUGCUGUUCGACGUGGCCAGGAACCAAGUGAUAGUCGGCGCCAGGGACACCCUGUACCGCAUGUCUUUCGAUCUGGAGCCGCUGGAGAGGGCCAGCUGGGGGGCCACGCCGUCGGAGAUUGCCAUGUGCCAGGCAAAAGGCCAGUUGGAGCGAUGGUGUCGCAACUAUGUGCGCGUGCUCCAUAGCUACGGUGAGAACCAGCUGUACGCGUGUGGGACGAACGCCUUCCAGCCGAGCUGUUCGUGGCGCCAGAUGGAGAACCUCAACGUCACGGGUGUGGACAGCGGCGUGGUCAAGUGUCCAUUCCAUCCGCAGGCGAACAGCACCAGUCUGCUGCAGUCCAAUGGCCAACUCUUCGUGGGCACCGCCACCGAUUUCUCGGGCAGCGAUGUGGCCAUCCUGCGCACAGGAGUGCAGUCCAAUGAGCGUUUUCUCCGCACCAAGCAGUACAACAACAACUGGCUGAGUGGAGCCCAAUUCGUGGGAAGCUUCGAGGCUGGCAGCUUUGUGUAUUUUCUACUCCGCGAAUCGGCCGUCGAACACAUGAGUUGCGGCAAGGUGAUCUACUCGAGGAUUGCUCGUGUCUGCAAAAAUGAUAUGGGCGGUGGUGGUCAGCUGCUGAAGGACAAUUGGACGUCAUUCCUUAAGGCUCGCAUCAACUGCUCGCUGCCUGGGGAAUAUCCCUACUAUUUUGAUGAGAUCCAAGGCAUGACCUACGCCGAAUCCGAGUCCAUUCUGUACGCCACCUUCAGAACUUCGGGAUCGAGCAUUUAUGGAUCGGCAGUCUGUGCGUACAAUUUGAGCUCCAUCAACGAGGCGUUCGAUGGGUUCUUCAAGCACCAGGAGCACCAGGAUGCCGCCUGGCAGACGGUGAACGCCAAGCAGCGCAGUCAGUUCCAGUGCGGAUCGAGCAGCUUUGGCCACUGGCUGGAGAGCUCGCGGUACCAGCUGAUGGAUGAGGCAGUGCAGCCAAUUGGCGCCCAACCGUUGUACCACUCCAAGCUGGAACAGUUUGGCCGCUUGGCCUUGGACAUCAUAAACACUAAGACGGAGCAGGUUCAUGUCCUAUUCGUGGCCAGCAGUGGUAAUCACAUUAAGAAACUGUCGGUGAAGUACGGCAGCGAAGGAGCACAGACCUGUCUGGUGGAACUUUGGCAAGCGGAUGAUACGGGUACGAGUAGCCUGCUGAAUAUGGCCUACUUGAAAGUCAGCGACUCCCUCUAUUUGGGCACCGACCUGGCCCUCACCCGCAUCCCGGCCCAGCACUGCAGUCGCCAUGUGUCGCAGUCCAGUUGCCUGAACUCCAUGGAUCCCUACUGCGGCUGGAACGAGCUGGUGGAGCGUUGCAUGCCCCAGCCACUGGACUCCUCUGUCCUGCAGCACUGGCACCAGGCGCCGCAGAUCACCUGUCCGGUGAUCAAUGCCCCCAUCGAUGGCGGUUGGUCCACCUGGAGUCCCUGGGCCGUUUGCCAGCAGCACGAGCAGCCGGAUAGCAAUUGCCAGUGCCGACAGCGCAGCUGUAACAAUCCUCAGCCGCAACACGGAGGCUCCACCUGCGAGGGCAUCAGCACCCAGGUGACGAACUGCACCCAGCAUGGCGGAUGGACGGAGUGGUCGGCAUGGUCGCCCUGCUCGCAGACCUGCGGCAUUGCCGUGAAGAUCCGGCGGCGCACCUGCGGCAAUCCCCGUCCCGCGUACGGCGGUCGCACCUGCGUGGGCUCGGAGCAGUCGGAGAUGUACUGCCGCCACCUGCCGCCCUGUCCGGUGGCCAAGCCGCAGUCCGUGGACGGCGGCUGGGGUCCGUGGGGCGAGUGGAGCGAGUGCAGUGCCCAGUGCGGCGGCGGCUUCCGGAUGCGACGGCGGGAGUGCAACGAUCCGGCUCCGCUGAACGGCGGCCUGGAGUGUCCGGGCUGUCGGCUGGACUACGAGGAGUGCAACAUGCAGAGCUGCCAGGAGGUGCGCAAGAUGAGCGCCUGGACGCCCUGGAUGAUGGUGGCGGGAGUGGGAGGCGGAAAUUCCAGCGAACCGCACACGGAGAAGCGGUUCCGGUAUAUCUGCCGGGCAACCAGUCCGGAUGCCAGUUCCGUUCGAGUGGCCCAGGCCAGGGAGGAGGUGCGCAACUGUCAUGCGGACGGCACCUGUCAGCGGCAGGGGGGAGAUCACGAUUCGCAGGACUUGGAAACGGCGGAUUGGUCGCCGUGCAGCGUCAGUUGCGGCGGUGGAACCCAGCAACGCCAGCGAGGAGGACGCGGAGGAACCCAGAGCAGGGUUUGCAAUCUGCAAGCUUGUCCCGUGGACAACGACCAACAGCUGAGCAGCAACACCAUGGACAACGAGGUGGAGCACGGGGAGUGGGGCUGCUGGUCGGAGUGGUCCGCCUGCUCGGUUACCUGCGGCCUGGGACUGCGGCGGAGGACACGCCGUUGCCUGGCGGGUCAGGAACGACUGUGCCAAGGUCGCGCCCUCGAGGAGCAGAAGUGUGAAAUGGUUCCCUGCGAAGAUUUCCUGGGUUGGAGUUCGUGGAGCGAGUGGUCCAGCUGUUCAAGCGAUGGCAUUCGCCUGAGACAUCGCCGCUGCCUGGUGGAGCAACCCGGUUCGAUGGAGUGUCGUGGUGCGGAGUUCGAGAAGACCGCCUGUGUGCCCAAUGAAUGCGAGGAAACCCAGACCGCCUCAACCGCCACCCUGCCCAUCGUGAUCACCGUUUGCCUGCUUUUCACCGUGGCCUGUUGCUUGGCCACCUAUCGAUUCUGCAAAAAGCGUUUCCUCCUGAGUGCCGAGGAGGCUUUAAACAAAACUACGACGACAACGGCCAGCUUUGACACCUAUCCCAAUCAAUACUCCAGCCUGCCCACCAAGGAUUACUACGAUCAGCGACCCAAGCGGCAGUCCAGCUUCCGUAUGCCCGCCAAGACCAGUAAUUUGGGCAACGGCAAUGGCACCAUCAACCGGAACAACAUGCACCACAAUAAUACGCCCAAGGUUCUGGCCAAGACCUAUAACGAUUGCGAAACGGGAACGUUGAAACGACAAUCGGCGCUAAACAAUUGCCGAAGCAACAUCGAUGACGAAAAGUUCUAGGGAAACGAGCUAUCACCUAGAAACCACCAAGUGCCAUCAUUUGACAUGACCAACCAACUGUCUAUUGAAAUGUUACAACGAUAAAGUUUUUUUUUGCGCCAAUUCCACGUUGCAAAAGUUCCUUCUUGACUCACAUUGAGUCGUUUUAGUUAAGCUUAUUGAGGUUACUUGACCUAAGUAGUUACAGCAUGUAAGUUAGCCUAGAGCUAAGUUCAAAAAGUAUUUUAGUUGGAUCCAAAAAUUUUGAAGUUUUUAAUAAAACUGAUUUUAUAGUGUUUUUGCAUUUAGUAUUGUAGAUACCGUCAUUUGAAAAUGUUGUAUAAAUUGUUUUAGUUUAUGAUAUGGCCCAACAAACGAGACUGACCAUUUAUAUAGAAUAUUUGCUUAAAUUUCCGCAAAAUUAAAGCCAUGCAGCGAAAUAAACAAUUUUUAAUAUUAAUUAUAUUAUUUUUAUUUAACUAUAACUUAUCACUGAACUGUCAUAAUGUAUAGUGCUUAAAGUGCUGUAAAGAAUAGUGCUUAAGUUGGAUAAAUCUAUAAAAUAAAGAAUUUUUACUAACCGACUAAA